GAGCUUUGAGGAUCACACACAGAUCAGAAUCACAGCAGACGCUCUCCAGACUCACAUUAGACAACUCAGUUUCAGGUGGUUUGUUCAUCAUGUCUUACGGCGGAUCAGGUUCAGGUUCUCGAGGUGAAUUCAGUGUUCAUUUCUCCAGCAGAGGUGGAGCAGGACUCAUCAGAGCUGAAGAGGCCGCAGGAAUCGCCUUACUGGCAGUGAUCCUCACAGCGCUGCUCAUCCUGGGCUGCUGGUAUUACCGUCGACGGGGCGGAUACAAGAUGAUCCGGAGCGGGAGAAACAGCGGUCAGUCGUGGAGAGAGAUGAUGAGAGCGGGUCAGUACAGCGAGUCUGGAUCAGGAGAGGAGAACAAACUAGCCUUGAACGAAUUCAGCAACCCGCAACCAGCGAUUCCAAACGCUCCUCCGGCCUAUGAUAAGAUCGCCUCUGGACCUUCACCUCCUCCUUACUCACCAUGAGACACAAACUAAGGAAAAUCUGAGGAUUCCUGUAGUGUUUGUGGGAUGAGCGGUCACACAGCGAUGGUGUAUGGCAGUCCUGGAGAGCCACAGUCCUGCAGAGUUUAGCUCCAACCUUGAUUAAAUCUCACCUGCCUGUAGCUUUCUAUUAACCCUUGGACCGUGAUUAGCUUCUUCAGGUGUGUUUGAUUAGGUUUGGAGCCGAACUCUGCAGGACUGUGGCUCUCCAGCACCAACGCUGGCCUUUUUCUGGUAUACAGGAAUCUUACCAAAGCAUGUGGACUAUUAACAUCUGACACUACAGUGCCUUUUAAACACAACGUCAUUCAUCAGACAUGAGGCUAAUAAAGUUUAAUAUUCAUUUAAUCCAAUAGAGUGUUUAGUUCAUUUUAGUUCAAGGUAUUUAAAAAGAAAAGGUCAUUUGCACCUAAAUCUGGUAAGAUGUUCUCAGUUUUAGAUUUAUACUGUUUUAAAUGUCGUCAGAUAGAAGCAUAAAGAUUUCGCAGUUUAUUUCUGUACAUUUCUAAUUUACUUUUAAUAAUUAAUCUUUAUCAAACAUAUGUCUGUAUUUCUUUACCAAAUGUCUUGACUGUAAAAGUGAACACCUGUAAUGAAACAUUUAUUUACAUAUUCGCUGAGCUCCAGACACCGGACUUGGGAAAUCUCUGACUCACAUAUACGAGGCAAACUAAGUUUCUAUGAAGAGAUACUGAGCUUCUUAUGCAGUGAAGGGCAUCACUGCAGUGUCAGGAGCUGUUUUGUGCAAACCGUUCAAUACAACAGAAUAAAACUGUUUAA